AUGUCAUUCGCAGACCUGGAGCGAGGCGAGGGCGGAUUCAGACGCACUGGCGGUAGCGGGCCAAGCCCACUUGGAGGAGGCAAUGACAACGGCAACAGCGGCAACAAUAAUAAUAGAAACGGCGGAGGAAGCAACAACCGAUGGAACUCUAGCGGCAACCCAGGCGAUGCACAGGCGGCGUUCAGUGUAAAGAUAAACGAAAUCUCUCAGCAGAUCUUUAGGAUUUCCACCAACGUGUCAUCUAUACAACGCCUGGUCGGAUUUCUUGGCACAAACAAAGACACGGAGGAUGUGCGGAGCAAGCUGCUACAAGUCAAGGAAACCAGCCAGGAGAUCAAGGACCUUGCACGACUCGACAAUACGCACAGCAAAAAACUGGAGCACAACAAGCUGUCAAAGGAUUUCCAGAAAGUGUUGGUCGAGUUCCAGAAGGUUCAGAGGAUAUCGGCUGAGAAACAGCGCGAGUUUGUGGAUCGCGCUCGACUCGGCGCUGCUCGCAAUGAUUACAGUGAUGAAGACGCGAGUGAAUCGGGAGACCGACCAUUGAUUGAUGAUUCACAGAGACGAAUGCAGCUGCUUGUGGUGGACAAUGAACUGGAGUACAACGAGUCGAUGAUUGUGCAGCGCGAGGAGGAGAUCCGGGAGAUUGAGUCUGGUAUCACGGAAUUGAACGAGAUUUUCCGGGAUCUGGGCACGAUGGUCCACGAACAAGGCAGCAUGCUGGACUCAAUUGAGAACAAUGUCACGUCCAUUAGUAUGAGCACACAUGCGGCGGCCGAGGAGCUAACCACAGCAGCGAUCCACCAGAGGAACUCGCGUAAAAAGUCAUGUUACCUGCUCCUGAUUAUGGCGUUUGUUGCCGGCAUUGUCGUCCUCGCAAUCCUCAGCUAA